GCAGGGCCGGCCCUGGCGGCGGGGCCCGGCUGUCAUGGAGGCGCCGGACAGAGCGGGGGUAGCGGCAGUGGACGCGUCCCUGUCCCUCUGAGGGCGGCGGCGGCGGGAGACGGCCCGGAGCGGUCCGGGAAGAUUUGUGAUAAGCAUAGCCUGCGCUUCGUUACGACCCUGUUCGGAGUCUCCAUGUUGUCCUAUGUGGAUGAAACUGAUCUGAGAAGAAGCUGGGGACAUUCUGUUUGGGCUAAGCACUUCCAGUAAACUCUUGACUGAAAAGAAUCAGGUGUGUAUCCAUCGGGAAGUAGAGAGGUACAGACUAAAUGGAUCUAAAGACAGCAGUCUUCAAUGCAGCUCGUGAUGGCAAGCUGCGGCUCCUUUCCAAGCUACUGGCAAGCAAAACAAGGGAAGAGGUGGCCCAGCUGAUGUCAGAAAAAACCAAUGGUGCCACACCGCUUCUGAUGGCAGCCCGCUAUGGUCACCUCGACAUGGUGGAAUACUUGUUGGACCAUUGCUCUGCCUCGAUAGAGGUUGGUGGCUCGGUGAAUUUUGAUGGUGAGACUAUCGAGGGGGCUCCGCCGUUGUGGGCAGCAUCGGCCGCCGGCCACUUGAAGGUUGUUCAGUGUCUGUUGGAUCAUGGUGCGUCUGUCAACAACACAACGCUGACCAAUUCAACGCCGCUUAGAGCUGCCUGCUUUGAUGGUCACCUGGAAAUAGUCAAAUACCUUGUGGAGCACAAAGCAGACCUGGAAGUAUCAAACCGUCACGGGCAUACGUGCUUGAUGAUCUCAUGUUACAAAGGCCACAAAGAAAUUGCUCAGUAUUUACUUGAAAAAGGAGCUGAUGUGAACAGAAAAAGUGUUAAAGGAAAUACAGCAUUACAUGACUGUGCAGAAUCUGGAAGUUUGGAGAUCAUGAAGAUGCUUCUCAAGUAUUGUGCUAAAAUGGAAAAGGAUGGUUAUGGAAUGACUCCCCUUCUGUCAGCCAGUGUGACAGGCCACACAAAUAUAGUGGACUUUCUGACCCAGCAUGUACAGACUAGUAAGGCUGAGCGCAUAAAUGCCCUGGAACUUCUAGGAGCAACAUUUGUGGACAAAAAGAGAGAUCUGCUUGGUGCUUUGAAAUACUGGAAAAGAGCUAUGGAAAUGAGAUACAGUGAUAGGACUAAUAUCCUUAGCAAACCUGUGCCACAAACACUAAUUAUGGCUUAUGAUUAUGCUAAAGAGGUAAACAGCUCAGAAGAGCUAGAAAAUCUUAUUGCAGACCCAGAUGAAAUGAGAAUGCAAGCAUUAUUAAUUAGAGAACGUAUUCUUGGCCCUUCUCACCCAGACACAUCCUACUAUAUUAGGUACAGAGGCGCUGUGUAUGCAGACUCCGGAAACUUCAAGCGUUGCAUCAAUUUGUGGAAAUAUGCUUUGGACAUGCAGCAGAGCAAUCUUGAUCCACUGAGCCCUAUGACAGCCAGCAGUUUGCUAUCGUUUGCUGAACUUUUCUCCUUCAUGCUUCAGGAUAGGGCAAAAGGCCUGCUAGGCACUACUGUCACUUUUGAUGAUCUGAUGGGUAUACUGUGCAAAAGCGUUCUUGAAAUAGAACGGGCCAUGAAACAAACACAGUGUCUUCCUGAUCCAAUACAGCUGAACAAAGCCCUUUCCAUCAUUUUGCAUUUAAUUUGCUUGUUGGAGAAAGUACCUUGCAGCUCAGAACAGGAACAUUUUAAGAAACAAACUAUUUACAAGUUUCUUAAACUUCAGCCUAGAGGAAAGAAUAACUUUAGUCCUCUUCACCUUGCUGUUGACAAUAAUACGACAUGUGUUGGUCGCUAUCCAGUUUGUAAAUUCCCCUCUCUACAAGUUACUGCUAUCCUGGUGGAAUGUGGUGCUGAUGUGAAUGUCAGAGACUCGGAUAACAACAGUCCAUUACACAUUGCUGCGCUGAACAACCAUCCAGACAUCAUGAAUCUUCUUAUCAAGUCAGGUUCACAUUUCGAUGCCACAAACUCAUGUAAACAAACAGCUAGUGAUCUGCUGGAUGAGAAGGAAAUAGCAAAGAAUUUAAUCCAGCCCAUAAAUCAUACUACUUUGCAGUGUCUUGCUGCUCGUGUAAUAGUGAAUCAUAACAUAUCCUAUGCAGGGCAUAUCCCUGAAAAAUUAGAGAACUUUGUUUUGCUCCAUAGAUGAUAGUGUGGCGUUCCAGAGUACUGUUUUUGAAGCACGACAUGGUGAUAUUUUCCUUGAGCACUGUUGUGAUACACCAGCGUUCCCUUAGCUUGCUCCAUUUUGCUCUCAUUGGCUAGUGUUGUUAGCAUCAGAUCUGCAGAGUUGGUUACCCAGUAUUUAACAUGAAUAUGCCAUAUAAUAUAUUUUGUGGAUUAUUUAGAAAUGUAAUGCCAUAUUUAGACUUUUUAAACUGUCUGCCAAAGGCUUGUCUUUUCUGGUCUUACUUGCCUGUUGGGUGUUUGGGACUGAGUUGAGCAUUUUCCACUGAUGUCUUUUUACUAUAACUGUUAUGUGGAUUUUAUACGGUUGGAAGGUCAUCUUUUUUUGGUUUUGCUUGAGUGUUUCUACUCUUACUCUCUUCUUUUUCUAUGGACUCAUUGCUAAACUGUGCAAGUUGUAUGGACUUGUUAACAUUUGCAACUACCAUAAGUGCUUUUAUCUUCUCUAUGCACUGGCUUAAACAUGACUGUUGUGUGUGAGCAUAUUUCUAUGCAGCACUUGGCCAAUUUCAACUUAAAUGCCAAUCUUGUUUUGCAGUUUGUUUAAAGCUCUCUUGAGAAUGCUGUCUUCAUAGCAUGAUGAAUUUUGGAGUUAUUUAUCAGCUCUCCAAGCUUGGGUUUGACUUUUUUGACUGCUGUAACUGAGAUUGCUUUCAUUUUGAUCCUCUGGAAAUUUUUCCUAAAUAGGGGAGAAGAAAAUCUUACUUUUUCUGAUUGUAGUCCACUUGAACUUUAAAUCUGAAAAUUGUUCUGUUGCAUCAUGCAGCUGGGGGAAGAGUCCUCAUGAUGUACAACUGACACCUUCCCCUCUGCACUAAUGUCUUGCUUAUGCCAGUUAUGUGACUAGAUGUGAAGUUUGCUCAAAGUUUAACCUCAAACCUUAAUGAUACACUUCUAUGAGAAAUAGAUAAAAUAUAUGCUCUGCUUUAAUAUCUGCAAAUCAGCUUUAGCUACAAAAGAAAACUAAAGCAUGUUGAUGGCAUGACGUUUAUCAGUCCAGAUCUAGACAUCGUAUAGUAUAGUAAGUGGCUGUCUGCCAGGGUAUCGAAAGUUCUAUAGCAGUGUCCUUUUUUCUUCAUUUUAAGUAAUUUUAAGUAUCUUUAUAAAUACUUGCAUGGGUUUCUCAUCUCUGUCAGUUGUACUUAACAAAAGCAGAAGUUCUGUUGUGUAUAUAGCUCCUAUUAAAGUACCUAUUUUUUAUAAUAUUUGCACAACAGCUUAGCUUUUGCAAAUGAAAGGGCUCUUUUGACUUGAUAAGAAGUCUAUAAAUGAAGAUCAUAAAUGUGAGUGCGAUUCAGGUAAUUAAUAUAAUUCAGCACUUUACUGUUGAUUAAUAGUAGGAUUUAUUAUGGCACAUUAGCCCUACAGAUGUCUUAAAGUGAAAUAAAUUUCUGUUGGAUAGGAUACAGUUUACUUGCAAAUUUAGUUGUCUAGCAUAUUGGGUAUUUUUGACUUAAUGUUUCAUCUCAGUUGUGGGCAGUAAGUGUAUCUAUGGGGCUCUUGCUCCAGAAAUCCAACAACUUGUUUUAUGCCUUUUGUCAGAGUUAAGAGAUAUUUAGAAUCCAAAUUAAUUAGGUUAGGAGGGUCUUUUUAAUACUUUAAGUUGAUGUUAGAACAUUUUUGUCAUUUGUGAUUGAACUUGAGGAAGAAAAUGUCUUGGGAGCACAUAAGAAUAGCCCUUCCUUGUUUUUGUUCUGUUUUGGCAUUCCUGCCAGUGUAUGGCAGUGUACAGGUGCCUACUAGCUUAGCCAUUUUUGCAAAAAAUAUGGGGAUGUUUUUAAGCAAAUAUAUGUUGAAAGCAGUGCUGUUUGUGUAUUGUUGCUAUUGGAAUUGCUGUUUUGAAGCAAUUUUUACUGGUUUGUCCCUUGCUAUGUCUGUGUUGUAUACUAUUACGAUAAUCAUAGAAUCAUUUAGGGUGGAAAAGAUCCUUAAGAUCACUGGGUCCAACCCUUAACCCAACACUGCCAAGUCCAGCACUAAACCAUGUCCUUAAGUGCCACAUCUGCAUGCUCCGAUACCUCCAGCUAUGGUGUCUCAGCUCCUUCCUUUGGGCAGCCUGUUACGCUGUUUAACUACUUUUUCCAUGGAGAAGUUUUUCCUAAUAUCCAAUGUGUGUCUCCCCUCAUUCAACUUGAGGCUAUUUCUCCUUGUUUUAUCAUUUGUUACUUGGGAGAAGAGGCCAACCCUCACCUUAUCACAACCUCCUUUCUAGUAACUGUAGAGUUGUAAAUUCUCCACUGAAGCUCAUUUUCUCCAGGCUGAACAACCCCAGCUCUCUCAGCUGCUCCUCAUCAGAUUUGUGCUCCAAACCCUUCCCCAGCUCCACUGCCCUUCUCUGGACAUGCUUUGGUACCUGUCAUGGGGUGACUUUUAAAACCACGACAGUACCUCAAUAUCUUUUGUGUAGUGAGAGACCCAAAACUGAACACAGCACUCGAGGCAUGGCUUCACUGGUGCCCUGUACAGGGAGACAAUCACUGUCCUGAUCCUUCUGGCCACACUGUUGCUGAUACAGGCCAGGAUGCAGAUUUCUCUUGCAUUACACAAGACUAAACUCUAGUCAGUUGAAUGAAUUGCUGGGAUUUGUAAUGCUUCGGACACAUACCACUCAGCUUUUCAUUUGUGAGGACGUGUAGUUUAGUUUUUGAAUUUAUACAUUGUAAUGCUUUUCUGCUGCUCUGUAAAUGGGGAUAAUCAGCAAAUUAUACCAUGCUGGAAAUAUAUUAUACAUCAAGUCAUAAAAGUAAUUCUUUUUUUAUAGAUCACAGAGAAAAGGAUUUUUAGAAUCUGUUUUGGAAUCUGUUCUGCUCUUUGGUGGUUUUAGUUUAAAUUUCUGACUUUUUAACUGACAGUUGCCCUGUUUAAAAUUAGAUGGACAUUAUUAGUUGGUUGUUCAGCCUGAGGAAGAGAAGACUACAGGGAGACCUUAUAGGACGUUCCAUUAACUAAAGGGGGCUACAAAAGAGCUGGAGAGGGACAUUUUACAAAGUCAUGAGGUGAAAGGACAAGGGGGAAUGGUUUUAAACUGAAAAGGGUGAGAUUUAGCUUAGAUACAAGAAGAAACUGUUUACUGUGAGGGUAGUGAGACACUCGUACAGGUUGCACAUAGAAGCUGUGGAUGCCCCAUCCCUGCAAGUGUUGAAGGCCAGGCUGAUGGGGCAUUGGUGCAGUGGAAGGUGUCUCUGCACAUGGCAGAGAGGUUGGAACUAGGUGAUCUUUAAGGUCCCUUCCAACCCAAAUAAUUCUAUGAUUAAUAAUCAGUAGUCCAGAAAUAUAAUGUAAAAAUUGUUAAUUGUUAGCAAUCUUUUAAAUGGAAAGCAUUCACAAAAGUGAAAGCGUAUCAUUAUUAGUUCUAUGUAAAUCUAGUGAAUAUUGCUACAAGAAAGGCUUACUGUGUUAGCUGCUCUUUAGAAGCAAACCAGGCUAUUAGUACAUGCUGAUUUAUUGCACGAAUCUCUGUCUAAAUAUCUACUGAUGUGCAUCAGUCUGAAGGAUUUAACACCUCCAUGCUGAAUUUAAUUUUUCAUGGUGAAGCUCUCUGCUGAAGAGAAUACUUAUCUUGACAGAUAACUUGGACUUAGGUGUCCUGGCAGAUGAGUUCAUGCAUUUAUGGCCACUUUGCAUUUAGACCUGUGUGUUUACACUACUCUGUUUUAUUUAUCUUAAUUUUAAUUUUGUAAUAUUUUUAAUUAAUUAUUUUACUAUUUUUCUCCUUUCUUCCUAUUUGGCCUUUUUUUUUUCUGAUGAAACAUUCUUUUUCUGAGCUACUGACACAGAAAAAUGUGGAGAACACUGCUGAAAUAAUUAUAUGCCCUGCAGGGAUAAAACAAAUUUUAAAUUGAUUAAACAGCUUACAGUUACCACUCCUCUAAAGACAAAGGAACUGGUACCUCCUUGCUUGUUGAGAUGUCUAAGUUACAUUUUUUGGAGAAAGGGAUAAAUGCAUAAAGCAGCUUUUCUUCUAAUAGUUCUGGGUUUCAACUGAAGUAUUUCAACAAGAUGAAAAAUAUUCUCAUUUAAAAAAUCUAAAAUUAUAUUCCUAUUUUUGUAUCACUUAGGCUGGUAACAAGAUUCCAGCUGCCUGCAGUGUCUCUGUUUCUGUUUGUUAAGUGCAGUGUAAAGACACUAUCUGAAAUGCAAGGCAACAUUGGUUUGUUUUCUAUAUAUACUUCACAACACUCCCUGUGUAGGAAGUAGUCUGAUGUAUUUCCUAAGUCCACAAAGUUGUCUUUUGACAACUGUUUUGCAACUGGUUAAAAUUAACCUCUUUCUAUUUUUACAAACACUACUUUAAAGAAAGUGAUGCAGUCCUAUAGCAAAAUCUUUAAAGGAGGAUUUGUAAUUAGAUAAAAACUUUUUGAGGAAAAGCGUGCCUCUCCUCAGUUUUGUAUUAGCUGCAAAGUGACAGUGGCAGGAUAUGGCUGCUCUUGAAAUAGCUUCCUCAUGCUUUGAAAUAUAGAGUGGAAUGACUGUUAGACUCUAAAAUAUUGAGAAGCAUGAAAAAGUAGACUAAACACUAAUUUUACCUUCUGUGACUGCAAUGAUUCCAACUGCUAUUUAACGCUUCAAAGUAAUUUUGGUGAGAGACACACGAGACUCCUCAUAUUUCUUGGCUUUGAGUGUUAAAGUAACUGUUGAGCCCUCAGUGAGGGCAGGGGGAAAAGCUGUUGUUGGUUUGGUUUUAAAUAAUGUUGUAUUUGUGUUCCAUUCUAUCACAAAGACUUCCUAUGCAGGGCUAGCUCUGUGUUCGGAAAUACUACAGUUUCUUUUUUACGUGAAGUAAUUUAGCUUUAACAGUAAUGUAAAAAAGGAAUAAUAAGCAUAUUUCUUUGCUCCUACUCUCUUUAGGCUCCAAAUGCAGAUUACAUUAAAAAUAUGUUUUGGAGAACACCUGUCCGAGUGUAUAUAUCUGUUUUCUCUAAGGUAUUGCAGUUACUGGUUGGUAAACUACUUUUACUGUUGAGUAGCUAAAUCUGAAUGCUUCAGCUUCAACCUUCCUGUCGUUAAGAAUUGUACCUUAAGCAAAAGAUCAUGUUUCAUGCUCUUUCCUUCUGUGAAACUGUGGUCUGGCAAAGCCUUUAAUUUUGAUAGUAGAUAGUAGUAAAGAAAAGGUUUGAACUGAAUGAUACAGAAGUUAUUUUCCCACUUUCUAGAAAAAGCAGUUAGUCAUACUGUUAAGUGGGGGGAAACGUAGUACUUUCAGUUUGUAACCUAAAAGUAGAUAGCAAUGCCUUGUGAGUAACAGGCAGCAGACAGUUUUCAGGAAAGCUGGACAAAUUAAUUUUCUUCUUCAGGCUUAUGAAGGAUCUUCCAUAUUGCCUGAACAAUUUGAAAAAUAGAGAAAUAGAACAUUUCAAGGGUGAAAGAAGCAGAAGAUUUUUAUUUAGAGGAACUUAAAGAAUUGAAGACUUUGAAGAACAUUACCACUGUGAUUUCAAAAUAUCUUUGUAGUUAGGCAUAGUAGUCACAAACCUACCCUACGAGGGAGUGUAGGUUUCAGAGACAUGGAACUGUCUGAUCAUUAACAAUAGGAUGAAAAAAUAUGAGGUUUUAAAUGAGGAAGACUGCUCCAGAACUUUCUGGUAGGAUAAUUGUCACACAGAUGGCUUCAGUGAAUUGACUGUAGAGUCUCUUAAUUAGGAAAGGGAAAAACUUGAAAGGAUAAUUUACAUUAUUAUUCAUCCUUCUGCAGUUGCAGAUGAUGAAAGAUGUCUGCUGUUACCUAAGCUGUGUAAUCAUGCAAAAAUGCUUCUUGGCAGUAGCAAGUGCUGGCUAGUGCUUGAAGACCAAAAAUCAUCAUACAAAGUAGUGCAGGAUUAGGGCAAAAGAGACCAAGUGUGAGGUGUGUUGCUCUGACAAAGGCAAUACUUUGGUUUGUUUUGCUGAUAAUAUCCAGAGGGCCAAAUGUCAUCCACAGUGACAAUAGCAAAAGGCCCUUCUCCCUACACUCCAAGGUCUUACCUUGCUGUUGAUCUCCAGCAUUCAGAAAAAUUGAGAAGAGGCUAUACUCAGAAGUUGAGUUAUGCACACAGGGGAAAAAAAAAAUAAUUGCUUUCUUAUUCAUAUAAGUGUGUCAGAAGCCAGUGCGUGUGAGGCAAUGUAAAUUAUAAAAAUGGCAACCACAUCUCCCAUCAGAUCAUAAGACAUGAUCAUGAGACAUGAUCUGGGUUCCUCUCUGAAGUUCAAAGGGUUGCUUUUAUCAUAUCUCUUGAAGAUCUAUCAAGUUAUAAGUUCCUUAACAAAACUUCUCUUUACAAGAUUAUUUGGAAUGCCCAUCUAUCAAUAAUUAGAAACCUAAUUCCCAUUUGAAAUACACGUUUUCCUAGCUUUGUAUGUGUGAUCUUCAUAUAGUUUCAGCACUUGUCAGUCCUUCAGCGAGUUGUCUUCUCUCAGCCUUUAUGUGGUUAGGCUAAACCAAACAACCAAAAUUACUCCCAGUCUGUAAGAAUGAGCAAAAACCAGAAUAAUCUAGAGUCAAAUAAGCUGGCAGAAUGGUUUGGUUUUCCUUUUUCCCCUCCUUUGAUUGUAUGCUACCAAAAAAAACCCAGGAUCCACUGGUUCACUAAACACUUUUUGCUGCUGAACCUGCAAUUGAAAUUGCCAAUUCAUUCCUUUUUACAGUGGGAGGGAUUUUUUUUACAGUAAACAGUUGAUUGUUUCCUCUUCUCCUGAUAUUUUGGGUGCCUGCAUACUGCUUUGUUCUAUUCACACACAAUGUUAUCCUAACUGGAAUGUGAGGCAAAACAUUCAGUGAAUGAGCCAGACUUGGAUUAUUUUUUGUUUCCAUCCCAUAGUUUCAAAAUAGUGGGCUUGCCUUUUUCUCCAUUCUUUUUGCAUGUGUGGCUACUAGGCAUAAAAAUACUUUUUUAUUGGCUAGCUGUAAAAUGGGGUCCCCUCCUAGGAUGACUGUGUUCUUACUGGUUUUCUAUCUAAGAGAAGCACAUCUCCUGCUGUAUCAUGCUUUGUUUUUCCAUAAUGCAUGAAGUGGAAACUUCAGGGAGUUAAAAACCAAGAGAAACAAGCAAAAAAUCCCCAAAAGAAAACCCAACAAAAACCCCCCGAACAAAAAACAACAGAAAAAAAGCCUGAAAAACAAACAAAAAAAAAUUCCCAACAAAACCCUCAAAACCAAACCAUAAAACACAACCUGCUGUUAAAUAACAAAAUACACUGUGUGAGGCAGAUGCCCCAUGAGUUGCUACAAGGAGUGUGGAUGGCUUACUUCCAGUCCCACCUUGUGGUAACCUUAGGGCCAGAUGGCAGAUAGUUCUGUGAGAAGGCUGCUCCCACCCCAGCACUGCUGUUCAGAUCAGGGAUGUACUUUUCAAGUGAGUCUCCCCAUUGUCCAUCCUUUGCUUGUUUGGGUUCAUGUCACUGAAUUUUCUUAAUGCACAACCAGUGUUGCUUUUGAAUUCACUUGAGCUCAAAGAAGUGUUCCAAAGGCUGUUCGGUGUAACAGGCUUUGACCACUGAUGGCUGUCCAGUUCAUGGGAGCAGACUAAGUUGUUCUGAAAUAAUCCCUUUAUCUUCUCUCAUUACUCUUCUACUCCCAUGGAGUGUCACAGACUUAAUGAUUCUUGGCAUCAGCUCCUCCUUUCUUCAGAUCUCCUUUCUAGAACAAGUGUAUUCUAAUACAAAUGUAACCGUAGCUUUCUUCUGAUGUUAAACAUAAGUUGACACGUACACUGUCUUGUUUUUCCUCUUGCUUGUAGGUGGUUACUACCUAUAGUGCAUAACAUCCGUAACCCGUGUUCUGCUUUGAGCUGGGUCAUGAAAAUGAGAUAAUGUUGUUGAUUGCUAAAGGUGGAUCAACCACAUCAUUAACUGUUGGAAAAUGACUCAGCUGUGCCACAUGCAAUGCUGAUACUUCCUCCUGACAGCAUGACUGACCGUAGUACUGUUGAUGUGUUGUAAAGAAAUAUUUGCUCCAUUAUACAAAGGCAGAACCUAAGGCAAAGACUCAGUGACCUCUUAAAAUGACCACAGGAAGUAUGGGCUGUAGCAAGAAAAAGGGUUCAGAUCAUCUGGCUCCAGGGACUUGAGAGACACUUCGCUCCAGGUAGGUGUAACAUCAGUAAUUUCAUGAACAAAGACUGCUAUAAAACAAAACAGAAAGACCAAGAAUUUCUUAGGGAAAUCAGGCAAAUGUUAUUGCACAGUUUUAAUGCAUGUGUCUAUUCUUCCUCUCCCUAAUUUUUGAACACAUUAGGCCAGUUCAAUAAACUCAACAGAAAUAGAGCAACCUAUGUGUGUCUGUAACUUCCAUCUGUAACUUCCUUGAGAGCUCCAGAGAGAGCAGAUGGCAGAGUCCAUACUAACAGUUCCCACUGAAGAAGAGGAUUUGGCAGGAGCUUGACUCUUAAUAGGUAUGAGAGAAUCCACACAGGAAUUAAAAUACUUAGGGCCAUGUAAAAGCCUUUGAUCACAGCCCAGGCUUUUCUAGAGAGCAGAUCUGGUCACUGUUCAGGAUGUGCCAUACAUGUAGUCAGUGCACCUGUUCACCAAGGUGGUAGCCUCUGAGCAUCAGAUUAUCCUGCUUUGUGUAGUCUAAUCUCCCUCAUUAGGCACUUGGUAUCCUGAGUUUGCUGUAGUGGCACAGAAUGUAAAUGAAAAUUGGCCAAGCUGCACAAAAAUGAGAAACUCUAGGACUUUCUAUGGCUAUAUGCUGACUAUAUUACUAUACAUGCCAAAAUGGUCUGAAGGUAAUUAUGUUGUGUAGUUAUUGCUGCUUGCUAAGCAGGCUGGGGGAAACCAUGACUCCCAGUCCAUCUACGAGUUCUGACCUUGUUUGAAUUGUUAUUUCUGUUGACCUUGGUACAAGUAAUGAGCAAGACCAGACUGUGUGAUUACCCUUUUUCAAAAUCCUUCAUUUCAGUUCUCAAGUCUGGCAACUGUUUUAUUAAAAAAUAUCAAAGUGACAUGAAAUCUUUAAGAAGAAACAUGUAUCUGGUGGAGAACUGUUCUGUGGAAAAACAGAUCCAGCACUUUUGCCCAAUGAUGUCUAAUCUCCGCUGAGCCUCCAGUGGAAAUUUUCCUGAGAUCCCUGCUUCUUUCUCUUCAUGCCUUGACCUAGUUUUCCAGCUCUCAUGAAUUCUUUGCAGCAGUGCUUCUCCAGCUAUGAUGCCUUGUCCUCAUGCCCCUCUGAAAGCUGCAGUGCAGCUGCAGUCAGUCACUCACUCACUCAUUCAGUGCAGGUGACUGCCCUUGCCCUGGGCUGCCACUGAGAGCCAACUACUGAGCUAGUCAGCCCUUCUCUGACAGUGAUGCCUGGGAAAGUCCAGUGCAUGCAAUGCACUGGUGGUAUGCAAUGACAGUUAUUUAAAAAUAAAAUGUAGAACUAAAUGCUCAGAUUUCCCUCCAUCCUUUGUGACCCUUUGUAAAUGUGCAGUCAUUGCUUAUCAUCAAUAUCGUCAUCAUCAUCAUCAUUAUCACUGUGUUCUCUGCUGCCUGCCUUUAUUGUUCCCAAUUGUUCUGUUGAGCUUCUUACUUCCCACUGUUCCCCUGCUGCCAGCGGCUGACUCAAGUCUGCAUUGAAAUGGGAAAUGCUUGGGGAGAUUUGGUGCUUGCUGUGCCUUAGGCCACUUGUGCUAUUUCUGAGCUGUAUCAGUUGGAAAGUGGAAAGGCUGGAAGAAAUUCAGCAUUCAGCUUGCUUGUCCUUUCUUCAUCUUAUUGGUGAGGGUGCUUAGCCUCUUGUCAUGGUUUCACCCCAGCCAGCAGCCAAAACCCAGGCAGCUGCUCAUUCACUCUCCCACCAGUGCGACUGGGGGAGAGAAUUGAAGGGUAAAAGCCAGAAAACACAUCAUAUGGGCUGAGAUAAAGAUAGGCUAACAGGGAAAGCAAAAGCCACACACACACAGGCAAAACAAAACAAAUAAUUAAUUCACUGCUUCCCAUGGGCAGGCAGGUGUUCAACCAUCUCCAGGAGAGCAGAGCCUCAUCACAUGCAAUGAUAACUUGGGAGGACAAACACCAUUACUCCUAAUGUCCAUCCUCUUCCUCCUUCUGCCCAACUUUACAUACUGGUCAUAUGGUCUGGAAUAUCUCUUUGGUCAGUUUGGGUCACCUGUCCCAGCUCUGUCAUUUCCCAACCUCUCAUGCACUCUCAACUCCCUCACCAGAGUGCCAGUGAGAACAGCAGGAAAGGCCUUGGCUCUGUGUAAGCCCUGCUAAGCAACAACCGAAACAUCUGCAUUAUCAACCCUGUGUUCAGCACAAAUUCAAAACACAGUCCCAUACUAGCCACUGAAGAAAAACUGUACCCCACCUGAAACCAGCACAGCUCCUCAUUAAUGUGCAAUGGGGCUCUGUUAAUCGCACUGCACAGUGGGUUUUGUUUCACAUGAUGUUGCAGAUGUACUCUGCAGGUAUUGCUGGUGUAAGCUGUUAAAGAUUCUGUAAGCAGAUCUCAUCCUGGAAUGAGUAAUAACUGAAUUUCCUCACAUUCAGAAGGUACUUGAAAAGCUUUGUGCCUGUUUAAACCUGGGUUCUGAUUCCUAACUUGCUGAUUUUUUUGCUCUUGAAAAUCUGCCUUAAAAAAUGUCACUCUCACAGUGUCUUUCCAGAUCUCACUAUUUUGUCCACCAUUAUGUUAUAAUGUCCUGUAUUAUGAUUAUUUUGCCCUUCUCUGCUGCAGCAAUAUGUGGUAGUGUUAGGAAUGUGACAUUUCAUGUGUUUCUUCUGAAGAUGUUUAUUGACUCUGCAAAAGUGGAAAGUGCAUUAAAAUUAAAAUUACAAGUGU